UGUCCACGGGCUAUCCAUAUUCCAUACAAAGGCUUCAGGGGGGCAGUGGGUAUCUCUCUAUGAGAUUUGCGAUAAUGACAUUAAUGACGAAGGAAUCAAAGAGGCAGUGGAUGAAACACUGCUUGCUGCAGGGGUCAAUGUUGCAACGCUUCCAAUACAUGUAAGAUCUGUGGUAGCAAUAGCUGGUCACAAGCCAAAUUCCGUGUCUCCAGCUUUGGUAAGAGAAGCACUGAAAGGUAUUCCUGAAUUACCAUCAAAUGUUACCCGAAACAGGAAACUUCAGCUCUUGGAGUACACUUUGUCUGAUGGGUUCUACGAAGACAUGGUAGGCCAACAACUUCUACCUCUGAAGUCAAAAGAGUUCACAUGCUUUACAGUUCCAGACAUGUCAUCAGUUGUUUAUCUUUCGUCUAAAAGACACCGAGCUAGUCUUCUUCCCGGUCUCACCCGACUGCUUGUUGAUGAUGAUGUCAACCGUACGUUGUCUCAGCACCUAAUGGCUUUGGCACGGACAGGGGUUACACAAGUUCGAGAGUUGACUCCCAGCGAUGUUGUGAGGCUUCUUCCCAACGCCUUACCACAGCAUUGGUGUCAAGGGUCUUGGCGGCAGAUUCUAUGGCAGCCAGGGGUAGGCACAGAACCACCACUGACAUGGCUCUCAACAACGUGGACAUGGAUAACUCAAGAGUUUCCUGAUUCACUUGAGCAGUUUGAAGGUUUGCCUCUUCUUCCAGCGAACGAUCUUCAGAGCAAGCAAAUCACCCUCUUGCCUCUUCACGAAUUUGGAGCAAUGUUUAGGCACGUAGUAUCUCCUCAACAACUCAGCAUUUGUGACAUCAUGGAAAAAGUUGGCGUAAACCUCGUCCACUCCCCACUACCUCCGUUCAUUUCACACAAACUAGUGCCAUACUACAUUGUACAACCGACACCGAUGGGGGUAUUGUCCGUUCUUAAUGGGCUAGAACGAUCGGUUGAAUCCAUACUGAACAGAGAAGACAGAGUCUUUCUGAGAGGUUUCCUGGCCACGAUGGGAGGCAGCCACUUGACGGAACAACAAACAUUUGUUUUGAGUAACCUUCUCAUACUGGAAUGCCAGAAUAGUACAGCCUCAUGGGCUUCGACUAUGUUUACCUCAGCCAGACACACUUCCUUGAUCAUGCCAAACGACGACUUUCCUGAGGAUGUCUCCUUGAAACGUCGGUUGCUCUCUUCACGUGAUAGCAGUUCUGUGAGCAUAUACAGACUUCUAAAGCUUCAGCAACUGUCUCUGUCAGAAUUUUUGAUCGCAGACGUUUUGCCCCUUGUACCAGCGUUACCUUUUUCAAAAGUGCAGAAUAUAAUGACGUGGGGUCUUGACAGACUGAGCUCUCUUCAGAGCCAAAGCGGUGACAGGAUUGUAAAUAGUAUCAAGAACAUUGCCUUCGUUACGCGGCAAAAUGGUGAAGUUGCCAAGCCGUCGGAACUAUUCGACCCUACAAAUCAUGACUUCCAGGACCUUUUUGCAAGUGAGAAUGUCUUCCCAACAGGGGUAUAUUGUGUAGAGCCAUAUUUGUCAAGGCUAAAGGUGUUAGGGCUGAAGACUACACUAACGACCGCUGACAUAGUGACAAGUGCAGGCCUGGCGUCAAAGAUGCAACCGUCGAUUGCUAUCAGAAAGGCCAAAAUGGCGUUCGAAUAUAUAAAUUGGAGCCCAUCGUGUUUCACUGUAAGCGAUCAACACUUACUUGCAGACUAUGAGUGGAUGCCCUGCAGACGACAGAGACCAGAUGGCUACUCUGCUGAAUUAGAGUGGUUUGGGGAGAACAUAGUAACGGCAAGACCGGAGAAUGUAGCUGAUAAGACAAUGACAGGCAUCGUGGGAUCAACGAUGCCUAUCUUAGAUGGGGAUCCUUCUGAAGAGUUUAAGUCCACAUUCAAAUGGCCCAAACCACCACCAAUUCAGUCGGUUGUUCUGCAUUUGAAGUCAGUCAUCGACACAUACCUUGCUAGCACGUCACCGAGAGGGGCUCUUUCCGACAUGAUCAUUCAGAUUUAUCAUUUCUUUGCCAAUAGACAAGUAACUCGUCAACAGCUUGAAAGCGAAUUGUCUCGUGUCGGCCUGACAAAUUGGGUUUGGCAAGGGAGUGCCUUCACGUCACCCGAGAGGGCUGCUAUUUAUUCUGAUAUUAGUUUCAACCUCAGCCCUUAUCUUUUUGUUCUCCCUCACCAACUCAUCUCGAACGAAGGGCUGGUAAGGUUCUUCCUUAAGAUGGGCGUUUCCAGUACAUUAGGUGAUGAACAUCUCGUAGGGGUGUUGCACGACAUCCAGGAAGACAGGGGAAGGUCCAUAUCAGAGUUAGAACUAGACCUUUGCAUAAAGAUCAUCAACUUUCUGACGAAAAACUGCUCUCAAGCAUGUACUGCAGAGGGUCUGUUAGUCCCAACGCAUGACGCCGAUGGCGGGACUAGACUUGUGCCUCCUCAGGACUGCAUGUACUGUGAUAGCGACUGGCUGAGGGAGAGAGGGCUUGACCAUCGACUGGGUGGAUCAUUUCGAAUGUUACACCAAAGCAUUUCUCCCAACAUGGCGAACCUGCUUGGAAUCCCAUCUCUGACACACAGAAUUGUUCAACCUACACUUCUCGGACCAGGCAUGAAACUCUUCGGGCAGAAGGAACCAAUCACAAGACGACUUAAGACAAUCAUAGAUGAGUACAAAGAAGGUCCUGGAAUCUUUUAUGAGCUCAUCCAGAAUGCUGACGAUGCAGGUGCAACUGAAGUGAAGUUUGCCGUGGACUGGAGACAAAACCUUCAAGCAAGAGAAUCAUUGCUUGCUCCCGGUAUGGCUGUUUGCCAAGGCCCUGCACUCUGGGCUUACAACAACAAGGUAUUCACAGACGAAGACAUAGAAAACAUCACUGAGAUUUCCGGGGCGACGAAGAAAAGAGACACCAACAAAAUCGGGAGGUUCGGCCUGGGAUUCAACUCUGUCUACCACAUCACAGACGUGCCAAGUUUUAUCAGUAGGCACUACUUCGUCUGCUUCGAUCCGCACACAACACAUCUGUCACCACUGGUGAAUCACAGUGAACCAGGGAUCCGGAUUGAAUGGAACCGAGAUGAAAUACGAAGGGUCUACAGUGAUCAGUUAGCGCCAUUCGAUGGCAUAUUUGAUUGUGACAUCUUCACCUCUGAAACGUAUCCAGCCACACUGUUCCGAUUUCCUUUCCGUACUGAGCAAGAGGGACAAAGUAGUGAAAUCAGCAGCACAGUGUACAACCAGGACCGAUUGGUUCAGCUUUUGACCACGUUUGCCCUGAAUCUCGACACUCUCUUACUUUUCACCCAGCAUGUUCGCUCUGUGACAGUGGUGGAAAUAGAUGCAAAGGGGAAAUACAAAGAGUUGAUGGAGGUUAAGAGCACAGUCAGUCUUAUAGAGAAGCCCCUACCAGGUGGAAUCGAAGGCCAAGAACCUGGCCUCCUUCAAAUAGCAUCAUCGUACAUGAAAAGCCAACAGAAGAAACGUCCAACAGAAAUUCCAUCAAUGCUAAAGGACAUCUUCGUGAAAGUCAUCGACAGAAGAAUAGAGAUAGGAGCAGGGACAUGUGUACCAACGAGGUGGCUAAUCUCUUCCUGCAUUGGAUCGGCUGAGUCCCUCAGGAUGGCUAAAACUCAUCAGGGCAGAGAGAAUGGGCUGUUACCUUGCGCGAGUGUCGCAGCAUCCCUCUAUACAGAAACGUAUCUUCCAAAAUGCAUUGUUGGAAAAGCAUUCUGUAUUCUCCCUCUUCCUGAAGACACAGGUCUGGCCAUACACGUGAAUGCCCCCUUUUCCAUACUAUCUAAUCGACAAGGAAUCUGUAAAAGAUCUGGAUCGACAAUGAAACCAGCCAUGGAAGUGGAGUGGAAUGAAUGCCUGCUACAAGACGCUAUCCCCACUGCGUAUCUAACCCUUCUUCAACAUCUUGCGUUACUCGAAGGGAAUUAUGAAUCCCGUAUCAGUGAUCCUUUUUGCAUAUGGCCAAACGUAUCAGAAAGGAUUGAUCCUUUGUUUCGAGAUAACCUUGUUCCCUGCUUCUAUGAGAAGGUCUUGAGGUCACAAUCGAAGGUCCUAUUCUCCUUGGACCAAAACUGGAUUUCCAUGGAAGAGGCCAUCUUCCUGCACCCAUCUGUCAGAGAGAGUUCAGUUGGCAAUGAAGCCCUGAAGAUACUUCACAUUUGGACAUAUGAGCAGUAUGUAGUUGUUGAUCUGCCGCCGUGGGUAUUUCAAGGAUUUCUAAUUUGCAAUGACCCUGGGAAAAUUGUCGAGAGAAGAGCGCACAGCUUGGAGACGUUGUACAAUAACGUCUUCUAUCCUGCUGUGCAGCAUGGGUAUCUGUCAAAUCACAGAUCGAUCCUCGACAGAUUCGUUCUUUAUCUACUCGAUGAAGUAUUCAAUGAACGUUCCACGGAAACCUCGUACUCCUCGUUAAGACACCUCCCUUGUAUACCAAGCUCUCCACAAGGUACCUUACUGCGCUGCCCAGGUGAAUUAGUCCACCCUGCAAGCAAGGUUGCUAUGCUUUUCGAAAAAGAAGACCAAAGGUUUCCGCACGGCGAAGAGCUGAAUAAAUGAAGGAGAAUCGAUUCUCUCAUACAACUUGGUAUGAUGGUGAACUUCCUCCCGUGGAAACUGUUGUUGGAACGUGCAAAAUCUUUUGAGAAGUUGUAUCUCGAAACAGACCCUCAUCAAGCGCUUAACAAAAUGACUUUCCUGUACAACUUCGUGGAGGCUACGCCUGCUCUGGAAGAAGACAAGACAAAUAUGACGAAUCUUGCAAGGUUGGCAGUGACGCAUCUGCUGAUUGUUGCAAAGAAACCACCUAGAGAUCGUGGAGAAAGUCUUUCCAACUUCUGCCAUGCAAUCUAUUCCCUUCUUCAAAGAACCGCUUGUACAAGAGCAUCCAAACAGAAAUGUUAUUUCAGUGAUGAUGUUGUGCAAACCACUCUCAUUAACAGUGGAACCCCCUUUAUCUACAUGAAUAGAGGGUUUGUUACACCAAGAUACUUGGCCUUUGAAAAUCCUGGACGACCUAUGAGGCUGCUUAGCGUUGUGUCCGACGAAGUCCGCCCUUAUAGUUCUUUCCUUCGGUCUUGUGGAGUCAGGCAGUUCUUUGAGGCCGCAGACUUUGUAGAUGCACUGGAGAACAUGGCAUCCGAAUAUGGUUGCCACCAACUUGGCGGAUGUGACCUAGAGGAUGCCCUGGCCUUGGCUGAGAAUCUUGAAAGAGAGCAUUCUCGGCUUGUCAAAAUGGGUUUGUCUGGCAUCAAAUUGACAUCAAACAAAGUCUUCUUGCCAGAUCGGAACGGAGCUCUCCGAUUGGUCUCUCAGCUUGCAUACAACGACGCCAAUUGGCUAGAAGAAGACCCAUCAAUUCUCUAUGUCCACGAUGACAUUCCGUAUAGACGAGCUGUCCACUUCUUUGGUGUGAAGACAGUGAGGUCUAAGCUGGUGGAUCAAACGGCUGAAGACUUCUGUGACAUCGGAGAAGAUUUUGGCCAGGGUGAAGAGCUGACCGACAGAAUCAAGGGCAUUCUGGACUCGUAUUCUGCAGGAGUUGACAUCUUCAAAGAACUUCUGCAGAAUGCAGAUGAUGCAGGAGCAACAGAGGUCAAAUUCAUCUACGACACAAGGCGUCAUUCAGGGAAAAAGGUCUUCGGCACAGAAUGGAAGCACCUACAGGGUCCAGCUCUGCUGGUAUAUAACAACAAAACAUUCAGUCAGAGUGACAUCGACGCUAUUCAAAAAAUUGGAAAGGGUAAUAAACAAGAGAAGGGUUCUGCCAUAGGAAAGUUCGGUGUCGGCUUCAACGCCGUGUAUCAUAUCACAGACUGCCCCUCCUUCAUCACAGACUCCCAGUGGAUGUGUAUAUUUGACCCACACACUCGGUAUGUCCCGGGAGCUAAGAUGACAAAACCAGGGCGGCUGGUUCCCGUAGAAACCUUGCAAGACAAGUUUCCCGACGUCCUGGAGACGUUCCUAGUGCCGGACGAUCAAGCCCCUUUAAGAGGGUCUACACUUUUCCGCUUCCCUUUACGGUCAGAGGAAAUGCCACCAAGCAAAAUUACAGACGUAAUGCUUCACCCGACUGACAUCCAUUCCAUGAUGACUUCAUUUUCGGAGGAGGCUAGCCAGGCCAUCUUGUUUCUCAAUCAUAUCGAGAAAGUUUCAUUUGCCUCCAUUGAAGGAAUCGAAGGAAAUGCCCAAAUGAGUCAAACGCAUGAAUACUACAUUGAACACAACGUUGUAAGAAAGAUACUGUCCGAGGCAGCAAGGAAGAAGCGUGAUACUAUCGUAUAUCAUGUCAACGUGCAAUUGGCGGAUGAUCGAAAGACAGUCAGCACACAUGACAUUUUGUCUAUUACACCAAUACAGAAAACGUACCAAGUUGACGUUGAGGAGACGAAUGGCAGGCAGGGAUCUGUCAGUAGGUGGCUCAUUUCUGAGAGAGUGGGAUUCGACAAGCAGCCAGACCUCCAUGCAGAUGAGCUGUCAUUCGCCCGACUAAAAUGCAUUAUGCCACGUGUGGCUGUUGCGGCUUUGCUUGAGGAAAGUAGACAAUCCAGAAAGAAAUUCUAUGGUAAAGCGUUUUGCUACCUCCCUCUGCCAAUGCAACCGACAUGCCUUCCAGUUCAUAUCAACGGCCACUUCGCCCUAGAUUCAUCCAGGAGAAACUUAGCAAGCAGCGGUCUUCAUGGGAAGUGGAAUGAGCUGUUGAAGACACAGCUGUUGGCACCGGCUUACUUUGACUUACUGGUAGCUGCAAGAGAUAUGUUAUUGUCACCACAGUCUUCUAUAGGAUUCCGACUCAAGCUCAAGCAGUACUGCUCACUGUUCCCGUUCGUAAACAAGGGGGCAGAAGCUGUUUCGUUCAACACUCUGGCUGCUGAAGUGUACCGCAUCAUCGCAAACAGAAAUGAAAAUCUUCUGCCCGUGGUUGUGGAGGGGGAACAGUCUGGAGUGUACUUUGAAAGGCCAGGUGAUUGCUUGUUCGAAGAUGAAAGAGGCGAUGUGAAUAGUACGGAAAGUCCAGAUCACACACUGAGCCAUGCCGCCAAAAAGGUUCUCUUGUUCAUUGGGUGCAAUGUUGUAGAAGCAAAAUACAUGGGGGAUGUCUACACAGACUUCCUGCAUGCCGGAAGCCUUGUCAAACAGUUUUCUCCAGUUUCAGUGAUCGAAUGGCUACGGGCAAGAUACCUUCCCGACUUGCAAGAUACCUGUCUUACUGAUGAAAACGCUGUCUGUCUGAAGGAUGUUCUGGACUACUGUUUGUAUCCAGUUCGCAUUGGGACCAAAAGCCUAGAUUCCAGUCUCCAUGGUGUUCCGUUGCUUCUUGCACAAGACAGGAAUCUCUACAAAUUCAACAAGGAAAAACAUGUGUUCGUUUCAAGGUACCAUUGGCUUGUUUCUGAGAAAUACUCGUGCCUAUUUGCCCACGAGUCCCUUGUUCAAAUGCUGUAUUCUCUUCUUCAUCUAGACCCAAAGUGCACAGUCCUUAAGCAUUUUGACAUACAAGACAUGGCGUCGCUUGCAAAUCGCUAUUCAAACGUCUUCCCACGGGAAUGCUUGAUUAAAACAGAAGGACAUUACCCUUGGCGUCCAGAUAAGGCAAGAACAGAACCAACAAUGGAGUGGAUAAAACUUCUCUGGAGGUUCUUACUCGAAUGUACAAGGGACCUGAAAGGUCUUUCCCCCGUUCGGGAUUGGCAGAUUAUUCCCAGCAAUCGACCGUCACUUUUCUCUCUUGCUAACGCAAAGACGACCUUUUCGAUAGAACCCCGAGUCUCUCGCAGAGUUCUGGAUAUCUUGAACAAACUGGGAUGUCCUUUUGUGAAUGGCGAUCUUUUAGGCCGCCAAGGGUUAGACAUCCUGCACAGCAGUCUUGCAUCACCUGUAAAUAGCAAAGACGGGAUAACUGUGCUUGGGGUCCUCAUGAACGAGGGACGCCGUCUGGAAGGAAUUUUGAACGACCAGGAGUGUAAUGACCUCCUUUUACAUCUUCAGCGAGACAUUUGCGACAUCAGACAGAGUCACCGGUUGGUAGAUACUCUUACAAGCCUCCCUGUGUUCCAAACCUUGGAUGGAGCGCAAAUAAGUAUCUAUGGUGUCAGAGAGAUACUUGUAUUGGAGACUAGUGUACCAAAUUCUCCAUCUAUAAUUAAUACUCUGUUACACUACGCUGGAUGCGUCGUCCUCAGGCGCUAUGAGUCCCUGCUUGCCCUGUACAGAGUGUUGGGAGUGAAAACAGUUAGCCAAGUAACACUGCAUACCCAGUACGUACUCCCUGCCUUCCCUCAUCUGCGGACAUCUAAAGGGCGCAUAUUGUACAUGACGUAUAUCAAAGACCAGAUACUGCCUUCUCUGCCGUAUGCUAGCCCAGACAGGUAUCAGCUCUUGACAAGACUAAGCUCCACAGCAUUCAUUCCCAACAUUGAUGGUGAACUGGUGACCGCUGAUAAGUUUUACAUCCCAUUCGAGCCUCUUUUUGUCAUAGCCAAGGAUCAUGUGGACUUCAUUCAUUUUCCUCCAAAGCCGUAUUGUGGUGAGGCUUGGAUAGACUUCUUGGUGGAUGUCGGAUUACAGACCAACAUGCACCCAAGCCGAUACUUACAGUGUGUGAAAACUGUUGAAGAGCAGUUCCAUGAAAGGCAGUACGUGGACACCUCAAGCCUUGAACAACUAGCCGAGGCAUUGGUGACAUACAUGUUUAAGCAAGAGCAUUACCCUCAAGAUGUGCUAGAAGAGGUAUCACGGACACGUUUCAUGCCGUGUCACCGUGCUUCCAAAUAUCUGACGGAUAUCUAUCCAAGUGCGGGCAAGAAAACCACCUGUUUUCGCGGGUCCGUGACAUCUGAUCAGGAAUCCUUAGUUUGGACCACAUCCAUGGCGCUUCCAGAGUGGGCAAGUCCUCCCACUGAUCAUCUGAAGACAGUGUUGGGCGUGCAGAACAGCCCUACUCUUACUGAUGUCAUAGACAACUGCAUCAACAUCUGUUCUAAAGUAGAUGAUGGAGAUGUUGAUAGAAAUGUCCGCUGUAUCAUGCCAAGAAUCUAUCACUUCCUCCAAGAGUCUUGUUCAAAGUCUCCAUCUCAUUGCUUUGAAAACACAGCAUUGCUCCCCGGAAAAGUAUGUGACAACUGUCAGCUCAUCAGUAGGAAACUAACUCGUAUCCCAUGUGUCAUCGUCGAAGUGGGCUCGAGUCACCAGUUUGGUGUCGGGGUAAAGGUUGUCUUUGAAAUGAGCAAUGAAGACAGAUCAGUCUUUGGUAGGCAUCUCUUUCGUCUCUUUCGAAAGUUAGCACCAUACGAGGCUUUAUUCAGAUGUCUAGGAGCCACAGAAAACGUAACACUAGCAAAGUACGCUCACGUUCUGAACGAACUUGUGCAUCGCUAUGGAUCAGAUACCGUCCUUGGUGAAGACACCAUACCGUGGAAGACAGCUUGUGCGGCAGUUGGACGUAUCGUCGAGUUAUCGUGUGGCGAAGAUGGACCGGAAGAGUGGUACGAUUUCAAAUCCCAAACAUCCCAACCAAUACUUUAUCUUCCAACGGAACAGAACACGUUAGUGCCAUCACAAGAUAUAGUCAUCAUUGAAAGCAAAGAUUAUGAUCCCAGCAUUGUGAAGAAUCUUGACAAGAACGUUCUUACUCCCUGGCUAAGGCUGUCUCAAGUAGCUGUCGAGUCUAUCCCUGAAGACUUAAGACCAGUCUUCUUGAGUGACAUCACUGAUGAACAGUUGUCUACACGUUCUACCCCAUGUAAGGAUGGACAAGAAUGCCCCUUCCUCACCUUCUACGCUACGACAUUCCAAGAUCAGAGGUUUUGCCGAUUGCUAGCACUUGCCAUUUCAGUCAGAGGGAAAUUCGCCGACAAAAGCGAACUAAUCCCCAAGGUCCGUGCCAAGCUUGCCGACAUAGAGCUGCAUUGCUACAAUACUAUAGAACUACAGCAGAUAGACAUACAAAAUGAGGGCAUCCUGUCGCGCAAAGGAAAGGAGAUGCUGGUGUAUUUGUCUGUGAAGUCUUCAGGUGAUGGCUCAAACCAUGUUAACAUGUACCUGAAACACGGUGCAAAUUCAGGAGGCAGCGCUCAUGUGCCUUUCAAUAUCCAACUUGCAAGGGCACUUUGUGAUGUGUUCAAGGAAUACGACAUGGACCUUGAGAGCGUACUGGACGAAGUCAUGAAGCUUCAGCCAACAACAGACACUUUAGAUGUGGUUAGGUAUGAAUCUCUCCAACGAACACAAGAUGUCUUUCCCCUGGGUUCUUCUUGUACAGAAUCUCGUGUAAGUCACAGACCAGACAUAGAGUUUGAAGAGGGAGAAAUUGUUGCAUAUCGGCUGCCAAGCGCAGGUCAACAAGAACACAUUUUCCAUGCCAUAUUUGGGAAAGUUGUGAAGGAGGAAAAGGUAGACGAUCUGAACAAGAAAGAAGAUGGAGCCAUCGCAUCAGAAGAAGAGUUAGCCCUCCAAACACAAACAUCUAUGAUUCUAGAUUUUGAACGCAUCUUUGAAGUACGUGUAAAUUAUGAUGAUGAAAUCAUGCCGGUGAAAAUUACCGAUUUGUAUAAAAUCAAUGAAAACCAGGCAGUACAGGUUAUGGUAGAGGCGGAGGCUUUUCUGCAUGUGACACAUGUUCUCAAGGGGGCUUGGGAAUUGGAAGAAGACGACCACAAGAGGGUUGUAGGUCGGCUGUUUCUGUACUGGCAUCCAAAGUCGAAUCAAAGUAAUGAAGACUACGCCCAGAGAGUAGUUGAACACAUCAGGCUAGAAAUCAAACGAUUGCUUAGAGAGGAUGAAGAGUCACCACCAUCUUUAGUUGAUCACAAGUCAGGAUUGUCAGUUGGCCGGCAUGGUAGCAAUGAAGUGCACUUUAACGAACGAGGAUCGGGAUACGAGGGCUCUCCGAGGCGAACAGGAUUACACAGGCGCCGGUCGGGACGUAAGAUAACUAGCAGAAGCAGUCGCCCACUGUUUCUCCAUGAUGACUCAAAAAUGAUUUCGCAGGAAGAAAUACCCAGAGUUAAACGCAAGUCACACGGCAGGAAGCUGUGUGACUCGGACUAUGAUGGAAUAUUUAGUCAGCUUGAAGACCACACCAUUGGACAAAGAACUCACAGUGAAAGGUGUAACAUUGUGGUAGGUGGUUUCGGUGGGCUCAGUCCUCGAGUAAUCAGUGAUAGGACACAACCGCGAGGCGUUAGACCAAAUCACGGGGAAGCACGCAGAUGGUUUGAACAGGCAAAGAAUGACUUCCUUGCUGCUAAACAUUGUUUCGAUGGCGGAUUCUAUUGUAAUGCGGCUUCCAUGUGUCACCAAGCCGUGGAGAAAGCUCUAAAGGCUGCCUUGUUUGUCGUGGAUGGAUCGCAGUAUCGGGGACAUGGGCUCACUCAGUUGGCUAAGAAAGUUGCUACACGUCAGCAUGCCUUUAAUGACGUUGUUCACAUAACCUUCCAACUGUCCCGCCUCAAAUGUAACAACGACAUGCCACGCUAUCCUGACCAAUGGGCAAGUCCCGGCAUUCCUGCUGCUGCGUACAGCAAAAGAGACAUCCGCGACAUGCUGAGUAUGACAGACGAGGUGCUGGGCCAUGUAUCAUCCCUGAUGUAGACCUUCCAGACAUUACUUAGUGAGCGUCG